AGAUGGAUGGCAAAAUUCAAGACACUCAAUUCUUGUUUCUUUGCUUGCAUGGUUCCUGGACCCAUAGUGUUUGCGCACACCUGGGCUCAUGACCGUGACGCGCACUCAGAGGCAAAACAUGCCCCGGGUUCGGCCUUAGUGGCGCUGGAUGACGGAGAAUUGGGCGAUCUUGAGGUGGAGGAGAGACACAGAGUCGAGGAGCUCAGCCGUCAGAUUGCGCAGCUUCGAAACAGGCUUGUCAGCCACGAGCAACGACGAUGUUGGCUUCGGCGGGAACUGCUGCGGCGGCGCUUCUCCUCGUCGCCGUUGGGUCAGCUCAUGGCCAGCAUGGUGCCGCAAUUCCUGGCAGCUGCAGACGUACUGCGUUGGCUGGCAGCUUCUCCAGCAGCAUCUGCGCAGCUUUGCACCAAGUCCGAGUUUUCAAAGGAUGAGGGCAAGGCAAGCAUUCAGCUAUAUCAUUUGCGGGAUCUGAAGCCAGACUUGUCAACCACUGCAGCUGAGGCUGUGGCAGCUUCUGUGUAUUGGCCGACCGUUGAAAGCCUAAUCAUGGAUAUGGGCAAACACACUUGGUCGCGCCUUCUGCAGGCGCUUGGGCAGCAAAGCCAAGCCAAUUCUGCUCAGCUUCGCAGACUACAAUCCGUGGCUAUAAGCUUUCCAGCUGAGCGAUCUGUAGCAUCCUUGCAGCUGUGGCACCAGCAUGCCGCUCCUCAGCUAUCCCUGCUGUCAAAGCUGCUUGUUCAAGCACCAUUGCAGGAGCUUGUCUUGGUCGACUUGCGAUCUACAGAGGUACUGACUGCCAUCUUCGCGGGACCCUGCACACACUUGCGGAUUUGCAGAGCGUCUUUCAUAGGUCCUGAAAGCAGAAAGGAGCCACUUACAUUGCCAUUCGGCCCUAACUUGGAGUGCUUGAUGCUGCGAUACCGUGACUUUAGAGAACAAAGAGCUUCUCGUCAGGAGAGAAUGCAGGUACUGGCAGCUCCGCUGCUUCGAUGUUUGAAGAGCCUCAGGGAGCCAACAAAGCUUCGUGUUCUGGCACUGAAUGGCAUCCGCAUUGAUGGGAGUGCGCAGGAGACUGCUGCCUUGCUGGAAGGCCUUCAGGCCUUGCAGAACCUGGUUACCGUGGCGCUGCGAUUUUCUGUGCCUUCGUCUUUUUCAGCAACAAUUCCGUUGUCAGCCUUGCUGAAACUGCGCCAAUCCUGGCCGCUGGUAAGCUACCUUGCAGUGGGUGACCAGUCGCUGCAUGGCUUCGACUACUGGCCAUGCGAAAUGACUGACUUCCACCAGCUGUAUCCAGAAGGCACUCCGGAUGCACGUCGAGUUUUUAGCACUGAAUUUCGGAGCGUGUUGCGACAAUACAAGACUACACCUGAAGAGAUUUGGUGUAGGUUGAACUCCCAGCAAAGGGCCUUCUGGGAGGAGGUAGCUGGCCGGCUUCCACUUAUGCCACAGAGCGAGAUCCGUCUACGGGUGGCCCAACUCUUCCCUGGCCCGGGAGACGAGAACAAGCGGUAAUUGGCAUUGUACAAAGACCUGCGCGUCACCGCAGAGGUGGCAAGCAGGACAAUUCAUGGACACUGAGAUACCUCGGUUGCAUGAUGUUUUAAUUCUGAAUGGGCCCUUUUCCGGCCUGUUUUACUUUCUGACCUGCACCUCCACAAUGCAAUGCCAACUCCUGGAGCGCAUGGGAGCGCAGGGAAAUGCCGAGGGCGGGCACAGAAACGUGUGAGUAUUUGCCAGAU